GCAACAGGACGCUAAAAUAUAACAUUAUGAAUAUCCAUUGUUAACAUCCGUUACCAAGCAACGGCUAGUGAAGACCGAAGCAGAUACAGUGUGUCAUACAGUGAUUUGUGUAGUGUAGUAACGAGUUGUUAAGUGUGCAAUAAGUCCGGUUAUCAAUCAAAAACCCUAAAGUAGUCACACCCCAAAAUACGUGACAAUAUUAAGGAAAGAGGAGUUGGUUGUUAGCCAUACCACAUGCAACAAAAUGACUCUUAACAGUGAACUGUGUGUGAAACCUGGUCAGCGAGUGGAAUUGUGUGGCUACUAUGGUACAGUACGUUAUGUAGGAGAAGUGCCACCUACAAGAGGAACUUGGCUGGGGGUGGAUUGGGAUGAUCCUACACGUGGGAAGCACAGUGGAACACAUGAAGGAGAGAAAUAUUUCAGUACAAGGCAUCCCACAUCAGGAUCGUUUGUUCGGUUGGAAAAGGUGAAUUUAGGCAGGUCCUGCCCAGCUGCUAUUAGGGAUCGAUAUGGAGAAGUGAAGAAUGAUGAAACUGCAGGAAUCGACAAGGAAGAUUUGUCUCUUGUGCAAUGCAAGAUAAAUGCCCCUUUCCUAGAAGUUGUCGGAUUUGACAAAGUUAAUAGAAAACAGAGCCAGUUUCAAAACCUUUUGGUGGUUUGGUUGCGCGGGCAUAAUGUCAGUGGACCUGGUGAACAGGGAGAACUUAUGCAGCUUUGCCCAAACAUAAAGGAAUUAGAUUUAUCAAGAAAUCUGAUACACAGUUGGCAGUCUCUUUCAAGAAUUGCUGAUCAGUUGAGGCAUCUGCGAGUUCUUAAUAUCAGUGAAAACCAGAUGCAGAUUCCUCCUCAGCCAAUAAUAUAUCAGGGUUCAUUCCAAGUUCUGGAACAUAUUAUCAUGGGUAGAAUGGAAUAUUCUUGGUCUCAGAUUUUAGAUUGUGCACUUAUGUGGCUCUCUGUGGAAACAUUGCAGGUUCCUUUCAAUAACAUCACAACUCUUGAAACUCCUCCAGAUGAAAUUUUGCAGCAUGUUAAAUCUCUUGAUUUAGAAGGAAAUUCAGUUAACGACUGGAGAGAAAUAAAUAAGCUUGGAACACUACCAUGUUUGGAGUACUUAAAUAUAUCUCAUGUGGGAGUGAGUGAAGUUUAUUUUCCUGUCUUUCAAGCUGAACAGAAAACAAGGCUGUUUUCUACACUGAAGCAUCUCUAUCUUUCAAGAAAUAAUAUACACAGUUGGGAGUCCAUUAAUGAACUAGAUAAAUUGCUUCAUCUGGAAGACCUGGGAUUCCAUGAAAAUCCUGUGCUGCAAGAGGAAAAUGAAGAAACCGCUAGGCAACUUGUAAUAGCAAGGAUUGGUAAUAUUAAGACCUUGAAUCGAGUUGUGAUCACUAACGACGAACGUAAAGGAGCUGAAAUUGAUUAUUUGAAGAAGUAUGGUGUAAUAUGGGGAACAGCGGCCAAACCAUUGGAUAUAAAAAACCCUAAGUCCACUUUGGUCACGUUUCUUCAAACUCAUCCUCGAUAUCCUCUGCUUGUUGAUAAGUAUGGUGCUCCAGAUGUAAGGGAAUACAAGACUCCAAACAUAUCACGUACAAAGCUGAUAACUGUUAACAUUUUUUGUCCAGACCAUGGUGGUAAAUCAUAUAGAAAAAAAGUACCACAGUCCAUGCGUGUCCAGAAUUUGAUUGGCUUGGCCCAACGGCUGUUCAAUACAGGGACUAAAAUCCCAAAAUUAGUAUAUAUCAGCUCAAAGGAUCCUGAUUCUAAAUUUCCAUUAGACAGGGACUUGAUGGAACUCUCCUUUUAUUCUGUUGAAGAUGGUGACCACAUCAGUGUACACUGGUAAUACUCAAGAGAAGUCUGGUCAUCUGUUGGGUUUUAUUAUAACGGCUGUGGAAUUAUAACUCACAAAGCUGUUCGAGAAACAAACUGGUUGAUUUUUUUUUUUUUUUUGCUUAGAUUCAUAGAACUUAGGUGACAUUUCCAGAAGAUUAUUGCAAGACUCAAACUUCUUUGCAGCUACUGUUGCCUGUUUAGAAGUUUAAAGUAGAUCCUUACAAAUGCAUACUUCUCUUCACUUUCUUUGGUAGUGUUCAGAAGGUGUACAGUGUACUAGCUUUUUCACUUUUAUCACAUGAUUAAAAGUUGUAUUAAUGUAAAAUUAAUAAGUAACAGCAGUUUUUUCAAUAAUAAUGCAAUAAGCUAUAAUUAUUUAUGUAACAUUUAAAUGUCACUGUUUGUUAGCUAUAAUAAAAAUGAAAUAAAACAGU